CCUGUAUGUUCAUGUAACGCCGAAUGUCGCAUAACUACGCAGUACCUAGGUUAGUAGUAUGUACCGGAAGCAAUACAGUCAAUUGUACAGAAUACAAAUACAACAUUGAAUAGUCCAGAUAGCAACAACUUAUCAAACAACAAUCUUGAAUACCUUCAGUCAACAAAUCCUCAUAGAGGGAAAGGGUAAAAUUACUCAAUUCAUCUCUCUUUUCUCUUUGACAUUAUUAUACCGUGCAAUUGAUUGGACUAGCUAUAUUUAAAUCGCCUUCGAAUGGCUUCUGUCUCCAUAUAAGGAGACACGCGCGACAAUGGCGUCCCCGAGGGAAUCGUACGACUCUCUUUCUUCCGUCUCUACCACUAGCCUAGUAUUCGACCGCCUCGACGAACGGGAGAAACUCAAUGACCGAUUUCACGACUUGGACGAUGAAGACCCUCUCCACCAUGGCGACGACGACGAACGCGGUGCUUUUCUAGGUUCAGCCAUGGGUAGAAAGGUCGUUGGGGUGGAUAAGUCAUUGAAACGGGUCGUUUUUCUCCUCUCAGGUCUUUUUGUUGCCGCUUGGGUCAUCGGCCUAUUUACUUUCCUAUCGACGAAAUCAUACCAACAUUCCUCCCACAAGGAACACGAUCCAACUGCCACAGCAGAUCGCGGAUCCGGCAAGAAGGUUACUCUAAACCAGGUGAUGCAAGGGUUCUGGCAUCCCCGAAGUCACGAAAUAAGCUGGAUUGAAGGUGCUAAUGGAGAAGAUGGAUUACUUCUAGAAAGAGGUGCGGCUGGGAAGGACUACCUGAUUGUUGAAGAUGUUCGGAGUAGAGAUGCUGAACAUGCCGCUGCUGGUGGGAAGGUCACAUCUGCGCAAACCCUCAUCAAGAAUGCAUGGGUUAAAGCUGGCAACCGUCAGUUGAAGCCAGAGAAAGCUUGGCCUAGCCCCGAUCUGAAGAAAGUUCUCCUCGUUACCGAAAUCAAGCAAGUCUGGAGACACUCCUUCACGGGAGUCUACUGGAUAUUUGACGUCGACACCCAAACCGCCGAGCCCCUAGACCCUCAUGACUCCUCGCUCCGUGUGCAGCUUGCUCAGUGGAGUCCCCAGAGCGAUGCCGUCGUCUACACUAGUGCUAAUAACCUGUAUGUACGACGACUUGAAGCUAAGAGUGUUGUACAAGUGACGAAAGAUGGUGGCCCCGAGUACUUCUACGGUAUCCCGGAUUGGGUGUACGAGGAAGAAGUUUUUGGUGACAAUAGCGCGACGUGGUGCUCCGAAAAUGGGGAGUUCGUGGCUUUCUUAAGGACGAACGAGACUCUAGUGCCCGAAUACCCAAUUCAGUUCUUCAUUGAAAGGCCAAGCGGUGAACAGCCUCCCACUGGACAGGACACUUAUCCUGAAGUUCAGCAACUCAAAUAUCCCAAGGCUGGUUCGCCUAAUCCAUUCGUAGAUCUUCUGUUCUACGAUAUGGCUCGGGGUGACUACUUCUCUGUUGAGAUUGAUGGAGGGUUCGCACCUGAAGACCUUCUAAUAACGGAUAUUACGUGGGCUGGUAACAAGGUUCUUGUCAAAGAGACGAAUCGCGUUAGCGACAUCAUGCGUGUUAUUCUCAUUGACGUCACUGCCCGGACGGGCAAGACAGUUAGAACGGUCGAUGUGGGCGAGAUUGAUGGUGGCUGGUUUGAAAUAUCUCACGAUACCACCUAUAUCCCAGCCGAUCCUGCCAAUGGUAGACAAGAAGAUGGCUAUAUUGAUACCAUCAUUUACGACGAUAGAGAUCAUAUGGCGUACUUCAGUCCUCUAGAUACUGACCAGCCUAUUAUGCUGACUUCGGGAGACUGGGAGGUUGUUGCGGCUCCCUCGGCGGUAGACCUGAAAGAUAAUCGCGCCUAUUUUGUUGCUACGAAGGAAGGCUCGACACAGCGACACGUCUAUAGCGUCAAGUUCGAUGGGACGGACCUCAUACCUUUAACAGACACUCAAAAAGAGGGGUACUAUGACGUGUCUUUUUCUAGUAAAGCUGGAUUUGCUCUCAUCACGUACAAGGGGCCCGGUGUGCCUACGCAAAAGGUUAUUAGCACGCCGAGUAACCCAAUAACAUAUGAUCACGUUAUCGAGGAGAACACAGAUCUUGUAGAAAAGGCCAAGAAGCAUGAGCUUCCUCUUUUAGAAUACGGCACCAUCAACGUGGAUGGCGUCGACCUCAACUACCUUGAACGUCGUCCGGUACACUUUGAUCCGAAGAAACGGUAUCCCGUGCUCUUCCAGCAGUAUUCGGGCCCAGGCUCGCAAUCAGUGGAUAAGCGCUUCAGUGUUGAUUUCCAGUCAUAUAUCGCCUCUACCUUGGGGUAUAUCGUUGUCACUGUCGACGGGCGUGGGACUGGAUUCAUUGGACGUAAGGCUCGUGUGAUUGUGCGUAAGAAUCUCGGUGUAACAGAAGCACAUGAUCAGAUCGCGGCGGCCAAGAUAUGGGCCGCAAAGCCAUACACUGAUGAGUCGCGCAUUGCUAUUUGGGGAUGGUCGUAUGGAGGGUUCCAAACACUCAAGACUUUAGAGCAGGACGCGGGUGCUACGUUCCGAUACGGUAUGGCGGUGGCUCCCGUGACGGACUGGAGAUUUUACGAUAGCAUUUACACGGAGCGGUACAUGCUCACGCCGCAGAAAAAUAGCGAUGGAUACGCGACCUCUUCGGUCAACAACGUUACGGCGCUGGGACAAAACGUGCGAUUCUUGGUCAUGCAUGGUGUUGCUGACGAUAAUGUUCACAUGCAGAAUACGCUGUCGCUGUUGGAUAAGCUGGAUCUAGCUGGCGUGGAGAACUAUGAUCUACACAUGUUCCCCGACAGCAACCAUGGAAUCUACUUCCAUAAUGCGAAUCGUAUUGUUUACGAUAAACUGAAUAAUUGGCUUGUCAACGCUUUCAACGGCGAGUGGAAGAAAGUGACGGGCGCGAAGCCCACGCCGAGUAAGGCAAAGAGAGAUAUCGAGAUGGUGAGAAAGUCGGGAGUGGCGGCCAGUGGUGGGCAGAGGCUUCCGUUGUCGAAGUUGUCGGGUUUGAGUUUGUGAUAGGAGCAUAGCGUCGCGGUGUUUUGUGAUAUUUUUCUUACAUAUAUGUACGUAGGAUUUUAAUGAGAUUGCUCGAAUCUUGGUACUUAA